AUGGCAUCGAAAUCGUAUAUUCUAAUUUUAGUAACUAUUCUUUCAUAUUAUCAAUUGAUUAGUAUUCGAGCAGAAACUGAAACUAAAGUUGAAGUAUUACAAAAUGAUAAUGAUAAACUUUUAAAUGAUUUUCAAGAUCGAUGUUCAAGUACAAAAUGCCGUGAAGGUGAAAUGUGUGUUUUAAAUAAAGAUGGUGAUGCUGAAUGUGCUUGUGUUACACAAUGUGAAGAUCCAAAAGAUGAACGUUUAAUGGUUUGCACAAAAGCUAAUCAUACAUAUACAUCUGAUUGUGAAUUUUUUCAAAUGCAAUGUUGGUGUCGAAAAAAUGAUGAACGUUGUACAAGAAAAGAAGCUGUAACAGAUACUAUUGAUUAUUUUGGUCGAUGUCAAAAUAUUGGUAUUUGUACUGAUUUUGAAUUGGAAGUUUUUCCUAAACGAAUGAAUACAUGGCUUGGUGAAAUUCUUGAUACAUUGUAUGUUCGUAAAGAUCUUGAUACUAAAUAUGCUGUAUUAGUUGAUGAAGCACGUAAAAUGAAAUUAUCAAAUACAGAAAAAUGGUGGCGUAAUGCUGUACUUUGGGAAUUUUGUGAACUUGAUCAAACACAUGAUAAUUCGGUUAAUAAUGAAGAAUUAGCACGUUUUGUUCGAUCACUUAAAGUUCUUGAACAUUGUAUUCAACCAUUUUUAAAUCAUUGCGAUACUGAUAAUGACAAUAAAAUUUCAUCCGAUGAAUGGGGUACAUGUCUUGGUCUUGAUAAAGACGAUAUGGCUUUCUUAAAAACUUAUUGUACUCAUUAA